AUGAAUUGUCCUGAAGAUCCAAAACUCUUCGAUGAUAACGAUACUACGAUAAUCUUCGUAUUGACUGGAUUAACAAAAUUUAGAUCAUUGUAUGGUUUAUUCCAUCCUUAUAUUAGUUUUUGCUUGUGUAUAUUUGGUUUUAUAGCCAAUUCUAUUCACAUAUGGGUGUUAACAAGGCCUCGAAUGAUUGUUUCUUCUGUACAUACUGUACUUAUUUGCAUAGCACUAGCGGAUAUUGGAACAAUGAGUUCAUAUACGUUGUAUCUAUUGAGAUACGAAUUUAAUAGAAUACCUGAUAAUGGUUACCCUUAUAUUUGGGUUAUGUUUCUUAUGGCUCACGUGGUUGUGAGCAUCGCUUUGCACGCAAUUUCUCUUUAUCUGGUUGUGUUAAUGGCCUUUAUACGAGUACGUUCAAUACAAGCAAGAAGCACUGCGGCUUGUAUUUUUUUUUUUAUUUUCGUAUUAUGCAUACCUACUUUUUUGGCGCACGAAAUCCAUGAACAAAGUGACAAUAAUUCGUUGGAUUGGAAAAAUAAGCUUUCGAGAACUGAUCGACCAGAAACAGCUAAAAAAUAUAUUAUAGGAUUUUCUGGAAUGGUCCUUCAAAACAACUGUGCGCUGCUCAAAAUUAAUCUUUGGCUAACAGGAAUAGUUUUGAAGGUUGUUCCUUGUGUAUUGCUUUCUGGUUUAACAAUUCUUUUGCUCUUAAAACUGCAACAAAAUAAGAGAAAACGUGCAAGGCUCUUAGGAAUGAAAAAUGAAAAAGGUAAAGAAAAUGGACCAACAGAUCGUACUACUUAUAUGUUACUUCUAAUGGUCAGUGUUUUUCUCGCAACUGAAUUACCUCAAGGAGUCAUCGCCAUCCUAAAUGCAAUUUUUACAUCUCAAUUUCAUCUAUUCAUAUAUCUGACACUGGCUGAUGUCCUCGAUCUUUUAUCACUGAUAAACUGUUAUGUUGGAUUUACCGUUUACUUCUGCACAUGCAGCAAAUAUCGUAACACUCUCUACUCCUUAUUGCCAUCGAAGUGGUAUAAGAUUCAUUUAUCACAUAAUUUUCUUAUAAAUCAGGCGUUUAAUAAAUUCUGUUUGAGAGAGUAG